GAGAUCGACAGCCAAAAUUCCUUGCGAUUUCAAUAAGGGCUAAUAAGAAAAAUCAAUCAACGCAUUCAAACGAUUCAUUUAUAAAGGGAUUUAAAUUAAACAUGAAUGAAAAUAAUGAAUCAAAUUUAGAAGAAAUAUCCGAUAAUGAUUUAGAGCCUAAAAUAUCAACCAUUUUGCGUGGAAAUCGUCGAGGUCGAGGUCAAGGAAUUUUGCCGUUAGUAUCUCAUGAAGAAAUUGAACUUGCCACGCAUAGUCAAGAUACAUUAUUAGAGCAGCAAGAACAAGAUAUCAACACAUUAGUGGUGGAUUUAAUCUCCCAAGACCUAGAGCCAGAAAUUGAAAACCAAUUAAAUAGCUAUUUAGAUCUCAACAAUUUGCAUAUCUUAACUGAGGAGAAGCUUGAUGAUUCUGAAAUUAUCGAA